CAGGACAAUGACUAGACCCCGUUAUGUGACGUCGUUCAAAGAGGUCCAGGAGACGGAGUAUGGUUGCUGCCCUGGCUUUUACGGCAGCAACUGUGACACAACAUGUUUCAACUGCACACAAAUCCAGCAUUUAGAGUCGAGGGUUCGAACUGGAGGCCAAGCUGCUGCGAUCUCCCACCGCGUCCAACCCGCCCUUUGACGACGACCCGGUCAUCGAGAUGGGGCCUCCGGACACCUCGCACGUGAACGGCCACCCUCUCAAUGACAGACGGGGGAAGGGACGCAACAGAGGCGGCAGCAGAAGGCGAAACAAUAAGAGGAAGAACAAGGGAAGGCGGCGAGAUGAGGACCCGCGGGGGGACAUUGAUAUCGAAGAAGAGGGCGGCAGCGAUGCCUACGAUGAAGCAAACAAUAGCGUGGCGCCUCCCCGGCCAACUCUCACCAGUGUCCCCGUGGGAAGCGGACAGUGUACCUGCCCCCCUGGACCCCCUGGCCCCCCUGGCCCACCCGGCACCCCCGGAAGAGAUGGCCAAAGGGGACAGGACGGCAGAGAUGGGGCCGUUGGUCCAAGGGGGCCUGCGGGUCCUCCAGGGGUUACCUAUGCCAGUGGCGGCAGCGGUGGCGGCGGCAGCGGCGGCUCGAGCAACUUCGUGCCAGGUCCUCCAGGGCCUCCAGGUCCUCCGGGUCCUCCUGGUCGUCAAGGAAUCCCGGGCCAAGACGGAAGGGUCGGGGUGCCAGGUCUCAUCGGGUCUCCGGGGCUUAACGGGAAGGAUGGUCUGCCAGGUCCGCCAGGUCCACUGGGACCUCCAGGACCUUCAGGAGUCGGGCUGCCGGGGCAAAAGGGAGAUAGAGGGCUUGAUGGCCUCCCAGGGGAGCCAGGAGCCGCCGGACCGCCGGGAUCUCCAGGCCUCAUUGGCCCCCCCGGCAGGAAGGGAGAUCCUGGCCUCAACGGCAUCGCAGGGACCCCGGGAGAGAGAGGUCCCAAGGGAGAGAUCGGACCCGUCGGUGCCCCUGGCCCUCGAGGACAAGUGGGCAUCCCGGGCCCCAAGGGAGAGCCGGGGCUGCAAGGACCUCCGGGCCCGGUUGGACUCCCGGGCCCCGCCUUGCCCAUACCGGGAGGACUGGGACGACCCGACGUCGACUACUCUGCCUUGGGGGAGGAGGCCUUCGAGGGCAGCGGCUACGAACUCAACUUUGACGACGACGAGUACCCGCUGGGCAUCCCCGGAAUCCCCCGGGGCUUCCCCGGGCCGCCCGGACCCAAGGGCGAGAAGGGCCAGUGGCAGGCCUCAGACUACCUAAGGCUCAUACAGCCCAUACUACCACCCAAGGGGGCAUGGACCUAAGGGCAAGGACCUAAGGGCAAGGGGCGGGAGCAGCGGAGGAGAGGGACCAGACACUUCCAAACCACCACAGUCCACACAGACUCACAUCUCAUGUCUGGCAGAUGCCUUUCUCCUAUAAUAGAACAAACAUGUUCAAAACUGCCCUCAGUACUUCCAAAAAUUGUGGAGUCAGGACAUCCACCAAUAGCUGCCUACUGAUGCUUGUUGUUGACACUGACAUUAGUCAUUAACACCUGUUCAAAAGUUCCUUGUAUUUCAAUGCUCAAGUAGUGUCACAUUAGAUGUGUCAGUCAGACACAAUUAUUUACAUUGUUUUGGCUAAGGUACUUAUGGAAAUGUUAGGCUUAGUUCAUUUUCUGAUAUUCCUUCUUAAGAAGACAAAAAAGAGUGCCAUCAAAUAUCUUGUUUGGAUGGUAAUAUGAUCUCAACUAAUGAACAGAUUAUGUAAUCUGAAUGAGAAAAUUACAUGUUUAAUGACUGUUUUUGUUAUUUUCUAGUUUUUGUGUGUUUACUGUGUUUAGUCUUGAACUGCUGCAGUACUUGAUUUUUUUUGACUGACUCAUUAACAGAAUGUUAGACAGCUUUAGUUUUGUCAGACACUAAACCUGACAUGGCUUUAACAUGAUCAUGUUCAUUUCCUGAGUUGUCACUCUUGUCUUUCAUACCUCAGUCAUUUGUGUGCUAACCUAUCAAUAAAUACUGAAUGUGCUGAA